CCUGUGUCUCACCUGUAACUGUUGUGCAGAUGUACCCCGAGGGUGGAGGAGAAAAAGGAGGAGGUGGUAAAACGUGCCUUCCCCGCGGCUCCUUCCUGUCCUGCUCCUCAGAUAACACCAUCCGACUGUGGAGCAUUGACGGGCACAGCGCCCUCCACAGGAACAUCCUGAGCAACGACCUGCAGAAGGUCGUGUACGUGGACGACAACGUAACUGGCCUCCUGGACACGGAGAGCGUCAGCAUUGCUGCGGGUACGGAGAAGGCGGGGUCAUCGGUGACAGAGGGGCAGCAGGUGGACCAGAGCAGAGCGGGCAUUAGGACCCUGAGAGUCAGCCCCGAUGGACAUCACCUGGCCUCUGGAGAUCGCACAGGGAUCCUCAGGAUCCACGACCUAGACGGCAUGGAGGAAAUUCUGAACGUUCAGGCUCACGACUCCGACAUCCUGUGCCUCGAGUUCUCCAAACCGGACACAGGUCUCCAGUUAUUGGCCACGGCCGGCCGGGACCGUCUGAUCCACGUCCUGGAUGUGGGCAGAGAUUACAGCCUGGUUCAGACUCUGGAUGAGCACUCGUCCUCCAUCACUGCCGUCAGAUUUGCUGCCAAUGAGGGGAAGGUGAGGAUGAUCAGCUGCGGCGCCGAUAAGAGCGUCUACUUUCGCACGGCUCAGCAGACAGGGGAGGGAUUGGAGUUCACGCGGACGCAUCACGCCGUCAGGAAGACAACGCUGUACGACAUGGACGUCGAGCCGACCGGGACGUACGCAGCGGUGGGCUGUCAGGACCGCAGCAUCAGGAUCUUUAACAUCAGUAACGGGAAACAGAAGAAGCUCUACAAAGGCUCUCAGGGCGAAGACGGGACGCUCAUUAAGGUGCAGAUAGACCCGUCGGGGCUCUUCAUCGCCACCUCCUGCUCAGACAAGAACAUUGGCAUCUUCGACCUGUACUCAGGAGAGUGCGUGGCCACCAUGUUCGGACACUCGGAGAUCAUAACGGGGUUAAAGUUCAGCAAUGACUGCAGACACCUGAUCACCGUGUCAGGAGACAGCUGUAUCUUCGUGUGGCGUCUGAGUCCAGAGCUCACCAUCAGGAUGAGGCAGCGUCUCGCUGACCUUAGACCCCCCUGCAGCAAUCCCAGUUCCCAGAGUGCACCUCAGCAGCGAGCCGUGAAGCUCAGGGAGGCGUCAACGACUCCUGUGGUCACCAUGUUGUCUGACAGUGACAAGGAGGAGGAGGAGGGGGAGGAGCUUGGCUGUCCGUACUCGGACACAGCAGGAAAUGUGCAACAGGAAACAGAGGCGUCUGAUGAGGUGUACAGCAGCAGGAAGCAGGAUGGGGGCUUAUCUGGGGCGCGACUCCCUCGCCGGCGCUGGUCCAGGAGGAUGUGCGACGCUGACGGGGUUCUGAUGGUGAAGUCCAUGCUGGACCUGAGACUGCUGGACUCUUUCUGCCCCGACAAGCAGGCGGAGACACGCCCACUUGAUGUUAGCCACUCCCACUGCAGCAAGAUGAGGAAGGGUCAAGGUGCGGAGGAGCUUCACAGGACCAAUCAGGAGCUUGGGAGCACCAUCAGCCUGCAGGUACACAGACCAGAGUUUAUCCUCCUGUCCAAUCAGAGCGCAGACGGAGAGAACCCAGUGCUGUAUCCGGACCAAUGGGAGGACAGAGUGAGCCUGGCAGGCAGUGAGUUCCAGGUGAAGGAGGCGUGUCCUGCUGCUGAAGGUGCACGGCCGGACAAACCGAGUCCCGACAGCGGCUGCUCGCUGGGAUUCAGCUCCAGACUGUCGAGUCCCAGCAGACCUGCAGGAUACGACUCUGAGCCCACAGAGCUUCUCAGCAUGGACGGAAACUCCUCUGAGCUGGAGGACGAGGAAGACAGAGGACCAGGUGGCGGGGAGUGCAGGAAACCCGUACCCCAGACUCCCGACCAGGAGGCGUUCCUGAAGGAGCACUUUGUGACGCUCGCUGACCUUUCUGCCUCAGGAAGUCCGAGCAGAGUGUCUCACAGCUCCAAUGAGAGUCUGAGCAUCUCGUCCAGGUUCCUCACCCAAAGCACACCCACAAGCCGGACCGUGCUUCCUCUCCCAUCUCGGACCUCGGGGGCUGGUGCGGGGGAGCCAAAGACUCGUCCGCUGGUCUCCGAGGUCCGACCUCUGAUGGAAGAGAGCCAGAGGCAGGACGGGAAGGUGCCGUGGACCCAGGACCAAACCCAAAAACAGAACCAGGCUCAGGCCACCUCAUUUCAGGACCAAGCCCAGCCUCCCCAUGGUUCAAACCAGCUCCGCAUCCUAGAGGAGGAGACCCCCUCGACCCAGCAGGUCCACCGACCCUCCCCGCUCAAGAAGAAGGCCCAAACUGCAGUGGAGUGCAGGAGGAACCAGGGACCAACAGCCCGGGCUGCUGCCUCCCAUCUGAACUCUGCUGGACUUCGAAAGGCUCAGUCAGUCCACAGCCUGCUGACUGACACAGGUGACUCCGCCAUCUCCCAGAUGAUCUCUCGUCCCUUCAGAGAGGAGGUGCCCCCUCAGCUGCUCCUUCCUCCUGAGCGUCCCAUCACCCUUCCCAGCACCCCCAGACGCCCCCCAUCUACGGCACUUCCCCUUCAGAGACCAAGCCCUGCCUCCCCGAGGUCCCCAUCACAGGAAACUGCUGCCGCUCUGGCCGCCACCACCCCGAGGAAGUCUUCGUCAUCCUCCCUGACUGCAUCGGGGCCGCGCUCCUACAUGAGCCCCACCGCCAGCUCCAUGGCUAAGAUGUCCCGCUCUGUCUCCAUGGGCGAUGGCCUUAACGUCCCCGAACCCACUGACGACCUGGCAGUGACAUCACCGACUCCUUCAUCUCAAAUCAAAGAGACUCCACCUCCUGUUGUCGCCGUGGUUCCCUCUGUUACUCUGGCCACGCCCCCUCACGCAGCUGUGGUCCCAGUUGUCGUCUCUUCGUCUUGCUCCUCGUUUCUGGGGAACCAUGGUAACCAGAUGCCCCCACCCACCCGCUGUCUCCAGGCUCGCGUCUCCAGUAGCAGCAGGCCGCUUCCUGACAAACCCUCCCUCCCCCCUUUCUCAACGGUGUCCUCAUCCUCCUCGCAGCCUCCUCCGGUAUCCGUCUCCCCCCUGACUCCCGCACAACAAGAAGCGGGGCCUCCUACAGACGGCGGCGCCGGGCAGAUGGACGACGCAGACGAGCCAAUCAGUGUGGAGAGCUGCAGGGCUCUGACCAAUGAGCUGCAGAGCUGCUUUAAGAAAGCGACGCACCUGUACAGGAGAGUGAGUGGCUCCUCCUCAGAUGAGUCCGCCCUCGACCAGCACCAGAUGUCCCGCGUCCUAUCAGAGGCCUUCCAGGCGAUGAAGGCGGAGCUUGACGCCCUGCCGCUCGGCAUGCUGGCAGCGGAGGGGGGGCUGGGAGGUGUGGGGGAGGUGAAGACGGCGGCGCUUCUGGAGGAGUACUCGCUGCUACUCCUGCAGGCGGUUCACAGGAGGAUCAACAGGAGCACCUGAGCCCCGUCCCUCUAACCCCACCCCCCUCUGGAAGGAUCUGAAGCCAUUUUGUUUUUAAACUGAUGCAAUGAUCUUAUUCGUUUUUAUCAAAGACGUUUCUCGUUCCUCGAACUUCCCAGCGGCCGUCAGUCUGAAGGAGCGAUCGGAUUAUUGAUCGCCGUUAGACUGAGCAAUACCACACUUUGUGAUCUGAUGCUACGACUUUGUAUUUAUUGUGAUGAUGAGCUGUUACACUACUGACUCCGCCCCCUCACCUCACGCCGACCGGCCCUGCUUUUACCGCGGUCGUGCAUUUUGAUGUCUUCGGGUGUUUGUGGGGAUAAAUUUGUAGUUUGAAACGUUUUCAUGUUUUUUUGUCACGUUUAAUAAAAGUUUCAGACUCGC